AUGGCGGUCAUGAAUCUGAUCAUACCUGACCUUGUCAACAUAGUCGGCCGACAGCUACACGCUCGCCAAGAAGAUAUGACCGCUACAUCAUCAACUUCGCAAUCUACUGGAAACACAGCGGAUCCUGCCCUUUCGCCAUCACAAACCUCCAUGACCGGUCAGCAGCCAACAGGUGGACCAACCAGCUCUCCUCUCUUAUUUUUCGUCGCACUUGGCUUCGGAGUUGUCUUCACAAAUUUAUGGAUCAUUGUAGGCGUUAAGUACUGCUUCCGGUACAACGCUCGUAAUCGGGCCAUUCGAAAUGGUGACGAUGCGGAUAACAUCAACCUUGAUAACAUGCACAACCGACCCCAUCGUAGAAGGAGGGAAAAGAAGCUCAUGACUAUGGACGAAGUAAACGAACGCUUUCCAUUAACUAAGUACAAAUCAUGGGUAGCAUCGCGAGCGCGCGAGGGUUUGCCCACAACUGGAGGCGUCUCCAUGCAUCCAAGUACGGCUGCAAGUUUAAUACACCCAGAAAAUUCUGCUACCACCCCGCCCAUCAGUCCCACUGCUGAUCAUCAUGAUGAAAUCAAACCAGCUGAACUUGAUAAUAACGGCUCAACGAAACCUUCACCUCCAGCUCUCGCCAUCAAAGUUGAUUCUCAGAUAUCGGAAAAAGAUGUACAUUCUCACAGCCGAGAGGCUCUAAAUCCUAAUGAUCUACCUCCGACAUCAAAGUUGUCCAAGGACCAGCAGACACACAGACCUAAUGCAGCUUCAAACGAAGAAGAUGAUGAAGAAGAUGAAGAAGAAGAUCAGAUCAAUGCUGCAGCCGUAUCCGAACAGCUCUCUGGACCAGGCGACUCUUGCGCAAUCUGUAUUGACACCUUGGAAGAAGAAGACGAAAUUCGCGGCUUAAGCUGUGGACACGCCUUCCAUGCUGGAUGUCUAGAUCCAUGGCUGACUAGCCGUCGUGCCUGCUGCCCCCUUUGCAAGGCAGAUUAUUACACACCUAAGACUCGUCCUGAAGCAGAAGAAAUGGAGAUAGAGAGGCCCACUCGAAGAAGAGCCGAUCGUACUCACGUCUCCCCGCAGUCGCCAUCCUUGUGGAAUAGUAUCCGAGCAGCCUCCAGGCUAAUUCGGCCAAGACAUGGUGACAUUAACUCCGGCUCUGCUGCUACUAGAGGCACCCAAGUGUCAUCUGGGAACGUCAGUGAUAAUGUUACAACUCAGACAAGUAUCAAUAAUACCCACCACGAAAUGAAUCAGCUACCUCAACCAGAUAACCAUACCUCCAAUCCCUUUCGAAAUCUUCAUUUACCAAGAUUUCCGUUAUAUCGCCAUAAUCGACAACCUGUCACUGAAACUAGCGCUUCUAAUCCUAUAUCGCCAUCUCAGCUCGAAGAAGGUAUUCACAGAUGA